CGUGGGCGCGGCCUCCCGCCCAAUCAGGGCGCCCGGGCGCGAAGGUGGCCCGAGAUCCCGCCAAAUACAAGGGCAGGAAAGGAAGGAAAGGAGGGACGGAAAGCGAGAAGGGCCAAGGCCGAAGGCGAAGCGCGGGCCGGUGGCGAGGAUGCCGAGCGGGGUGGUCGCUGUUGCGCGCGCUGCUCCCGCCGAAGGAGAUUUCUGAGCUAUGGAGUGUCGAGACAAGUCAGCCGUUCCAGCUAGGAAACUAAUACAAGCUCGCCUUCCUUUCAAGCGCUUAAAUCCUGUACCAAAGGAAAAGCCGGAUGUGACUCCAGACAUCAAGAAAGCCAGGAAUGCUGGAAAUUUCCCCGACCAAAACACCCCUUGCUCUGGUUUGUCGUAUCCAUUACUGGACAAUGUGGAGAACAACAGUCAGGUGGAGACUGAAAUGCCAUUUGCUUCCAAACUUGUGAAUGGCAAGGGCCCGUUAGAUAGCUUUGUGCAGAAACGCUCAAGGAGUAACACAAACCAGCCCUUGCUUGUAAUAGACUUGACAGAGGAUACCUGUCACAGACUGAGCAAUAAAGUCGAGCAGGGCAAACCAGAUCACGUACCGAUACAUGUGGAGAACGAGCCCGGAAAAACGGAAAACCAGGCUGAUUUGCAGAAGCCCGUGUGUAACACUCAAACAGAAAUUGACCCUAUUGCCACUGAUGAGGAUGAGUUGUCGCCAGCCCCCCCAGUCGAGACAGAGGCUGCAGGCACAAAGAAUGGCAAACUCAAGAACAUCAUAUUUGAAAAAAAGAUGCCCGUCAUUGUCCUGGAGGAUAUAAUGACGUCCCGGUCUCCCCAGACCCCGCUUUCGGAGAGAAGUGUGGCCUCGGGAAAUGAGACCAUCGCGUCUUGUCCUGCAGAGGACAUGGCAUGCACGAAUUCGUCGCUCAGCUCUCUGUCUCUCACCAGCUCCCCGGAGCCACUGACCGCACAUGAGUGUAAGGAGGACGCCAGUCCCUUAGCGGCCUCAACCCCUGCUCGAAAGACCGCUCAGAAAAUCCAGCGGAGUUCUGAAGAGAAGGAGAAGCUGAAAUUGCAGAGGCAGCAAGCCGAGCGAGAGGAGAAAGAAAGGCUGAAAGAGGAGGCAAAGGCGGCCAAAGAGCGAGCCCGGGAGGAGGCAAAGAGGAAAAAGGAAGAGGAGAAGGAAUUGAAGGAGAAAGAGAGGAGAGAGAAGAAAGAGAAAGAGGAAAAGGAAAAAGCCGAGAAGCUACGAGCAAAGGAGGAGAAGCGGAAGGAGAGGCAAGAGGCUCUGGAGGCAAAGUUAGAAGAGAAGAGAAAGAAAGAAGAGGAGAAGCGGUUGAAAGAGGAAGAAAAGCGCAUCAAAGCAGAAAAGGCAGAAAUCACCAGAUUCUUCCAGAAACCAAAGACGCAGCCUGCUCCCAAGAUUCUUGCUGGGUGGUGCGGGAAGUUUGCUCCCUUUGAAAUCAAGGAGAACAUGGUCCUGGCUCCCUCCUGCCGUGUGGAUAUCGAUCAGGAGGCCUUGGAGCAAUUAGACAGCCUGCUGCAAGCGCAGAGCUGCUCCAGUUCCUUCCUGGAGGAACUCAAGAGCCGAGGGCCAUGUAAAUCGGGACCCACGCUCGUCCCCAGCCACGGAGCCGGCGUCAACAGCGAUGUCGUCAUUGUGAGCAGCAGCCAGGCGGGAGACGUGCCGGAGAGGAGGAAGUUUGGCAGAAUGAAACUCCUACAGUUUUGCGAGAAUCACCGGCCCGCCUACUGGGGCACGUGGAAUAAGAAAACCUUGGCGAUCAAACCGAGAAACCCUUGGUCGAAAGAUGAGCUCCUGGACUACGAAGUGGAGAGUGAUGAAGAGUGGGAAGAGGAAGAACCAGGAGAAUCACUGUCCCACAGUGAAGGGGAUGAUGAUGAAGAUGGGGGAGAAGAGGAGGACGAUGACGAUGGCUUCUUUGUCCCACAUGGGUACCUCUCAGAAGAUGAAGGUGUGACGGAGGAGUGUGAUCCCGAGAACCAGAAGGUGCGCCAGAAGCUGAAAGCCAAGGAAUGGGAUGAGCUGAUCACCAAGGGCAAGAGGUUCCGCAUCCUGCAGCCGGUGAAAGUCGGCUGCGUUUGGGAAGGGGCGGAGGCCGUGGGGGACGGUCCUGGCCCAGACCUGAAACUGCUGCAGCAGUUUGCGGUGGCCAUCCUGGAGUCGAGCGUCACCGAUGAGGAGCAGAUCGAGAAAAGCAGCAAAUCUUUUCCUGAUGCUCACCAAAUCUUGGGCCAGCUCCUUCCUUUGCUUCAUGGGAAUGUGAACGGCAGCAAAGUCAUCAUUCAAGAGUUCCAGCAGUGUUGCCGCUUGGGAUUGUUGUCGGACCACCAUGGCGGUCCCUCGGCGGUGGAGGGCUGCGGGGGUGAUGGCCCGGUGGGUGGCCCCACCUCCCAGCCACAGGCUCCUCUCUUGGAGGAGAACGGCGUCCCUUCCAAGGCCCGGCUGAAGCGGCUCAUCUCCGAGAACUCUGUGUACGAGAAGAGGCCCGACCGCCGGAUGUGCUGGUACGUCCACCCCGAGGUGCUGAAAAGCUACGGCCGAGAAAGCCUGCCCGUCCCCUGCCAGUGGAACUACGUCACGCCGGUUCCUUCCGCGGCAAAGGAAGACAGCGGCAAUUCGCCCGGAGGGACGGCUGCGCAAACCGCUCCCGUGAUGGCCAAACGGAAGCCAACUGGGAGCAUGUCGAUCACCAAGUUCAUGAAGCGAACGCCAGAUGUCGGGCAGGCUGAGACCACCGAAAUGGAUGGAUUUCAGGCAGACACGGAGGAGGAGGACGAGGACGAUGACUGCAUCCUUAUGGAGGUUGAACCGAGGCAAGCUGCUGUGGAUGCUGGGAUGCGGACCCCCGAAGCUCAAGAGAUGGAGCAAACUCCUCAGGAUUCCAGUGACAAGUCUUCCAGCACUGUUUGAUACAGAACCUCCUCAUUUUUAACUUUCCUGUAUGUAUGUAGAAGUCUUUUUAGCACACUGUACAACUCCUGCGUAUCAUUUUUUUUUUUGUAUAAGAUACUUGAACAUGACUCUGUGUUCCUUGUAAAGAGAAGACAGCACUUUGUUCUGCUUCAGACUGGCUGAAGAAGCUCAAGCCCGUAAUUUUUUUAAAAAAGAGGUUUAGGGGGACAGAUGGGAGCAGGGGUUAGAUGAAAAACCUGCAGCAUAUAAUCUUUUCCAAUAAAAGCAUUAUUGAAAUUUUCGACAAGCCCUUCCCAAGA